AUGGAUCAUCCUGACGACCAAGGUCUUAGCAUUGUCUUGGGCACUGGCAACAUACGUGGCAACGAGCAAACUCUCCAAACCAAAAUCAAUACUACCGAGCAACUACAGCCGCUGCUUGAUGCUCUCAUUUCCCACGGCCAAACCAGAAUCGAUACCUCUGCUCGCUACCCAGCUGGCAAUUCGCUUGGCUCCGAGACCUUGCUGGGAAGCACCGAUCUCUCCCGCUUCACCAUCGAUUCCAAGAUCUUGCCUGCCUCCAUCGCCACCAGUCUUGCCACGCUCAAGAUUCCCGAACUCAACACCAUCUACCUGCACGUUCCCGACCGUACCGUACCCCUCAGCACCACCGUUCCCGCCAUGGCCGCUGCCGUCCCGCAGGGGCAGGCCCGUCACUGGGCGAUCUCCAACUACCCCAUCACCGAAAUCGAGGAAAUUGCCGCCCUCCUCCCCACCCUCCGCAAGCACCGCAUCACGUUCUACGCCUACAGCCUUGCCGCCGACGGAUCCUUCGCGCCCUCAGGGACGCCCAUGUAUCUAGACAACGCUGCGGGCGACCAUACGCGCAAAGCCUGCAGCAAGGACAAGACACAAGCCGCGAUCGCGACGGUGCGGCAGCUGGCGCAGCAGCAGGGCAUCAGCGGCGAUGAGGUGGCUCUGCGAUGGGUGCAGCACCACAGGGCGCUCCGCCCCGGAUUCGGCGACGCCAUGAUCGUCGCGGCCAGUAGCGCGGGGCAGCUAGAGACGACACUUACGGGAUUGGAGAAGGGCCCGUUGCCGAAGAAUGUGCUGAGCGCGACGGAGGGGGCGUGGGAAGAGGCGAAGGGUGCAGCGCCGGAUCAUACGCCUUUCAUGGAGACGUAA